AUGGACAUUGGUGGUCCAACAGAUGUACAACACGUGGCACACGUGACCUUUGAUCGUUUCAACGGCUUUCUUGGCCUUCCUUCUGAGUUUGAGCCUGAUGUCCCCAAGAAAGCUCCUAGUGCUAGUGCAACAGUGUUUGGGGUUUCGACAGAAUCAAUGCAGUUAUCAUAUGAUGCUAGAGGGAACUGUGUUCCUGUAAUACUCUUGCUGUUGCAGAGCAGGUUAUAUGAUCAAGGAGGGUUGAAGGUAGAAGGAAUAUUCAGAAUAACAGGAGAGAACAGCGAGGAAGAGUAUGUAAGGGAGCAGCUUAAUAAAGGGAUGAUACCUGAUGGGAUCGAUGUUCAUUGUCUAGCUGGACUUAUUAAGGCUUGGUUCAGAGAGUUACCGAGAGGAGUGCUAGAUCCUCUGCCUUCUGAGCAAGUACUGCAAUGUGAAUCAGAUGAGGAUUUUGUCAAGGUUGUGAGACUUUUGCCUCAGACAGAAGCUUCUCUUCUCAAUUGGGCUAUAAAUCUUAUGGCUGAUGUUGUUCAGUUUGAACAAGUUAACAAGAUGAACUCUCGUAAUCUUGCUUUAGUCUUUGCCCCUAACAUGUCUCAGAUGAAAGACCCCUUAACUGCAUUAAUGUAUGCGGUUCAAGUGAUGAAGCUGCUGAAGUGCCUCACAGAGAAAGCCCUGAAAGAAAGGGCAGUCACGUCUUCCCAAGUUGAUACAAGAUGUAGCAAUGAGGCCGAAGAUGGCGAGAAGGAAGUCGACAAUGCUGACGAAGAAGGAGAUGAAGAUGAAGAGGAGGAAGAAGAUGGAGAUGGAGAUGGCGUAUACAUAAUUGAGGAAGUAGACAGUGAAGCCGAAGAUGGUGAGAAGAAAGUAGACAAUGAAGAAGAAGAGGAGCAAGAUGGAGAUGGCGUGUACAUAAUUGAGGAAGAAGAAGAGGAGCAAGAUGGAGAUGGCGUGUACUUAAUUGAGGAUGAAGCAUCGGAGAUAAUAGGAGUGGUUGCUGAUAACCUCAAGUCAGAAAACAUGAAGAGUACAUCUGAUUCAAAGGGAGCUGGUGGAGCUGUGCAGCCACUCAUUUGCAAUCCAAACCAUAUAGGAAACAAGUGA